GUGGCCAGGAAGAUAUCCUAGGAUGCUUUUGGUCUUUGCCAUUCCGCUGGGAUAGUGCACAGUGCGAGGGGUGACCUGAUGCCAAGGGUGCUGGCAGCUUCCCAGCUAAGGUCACUGCUCUCCUGUAAGCUGCCAUCUUCCUCCAUACAAGCUCCCAAAUAGCUACCACAUGGGGAUGGCUGGAAUCUUUCAGUGUUUUAAAGAAACUUUCUACUCAGUUAAUACAGGUCACUCUUCUGCACUUAAUCUCAACCCGCCGCACCAAUUGCUUCCCAUAUAAUCUCCCAGAACAGCUGUGCUGUGAUUGCAUUGUGGAUUACAAAAUGACCAUUUUCCACAAAACAGCUGCUGAUCAGAAGGAUAGCAUUUAAUAAUCACUGGCGAGGAGAAGGAGGAGGGGACCAGACAAAGGAGGAAGGGAUUUUGCAGCAAUUGGGUUUCUUGGAGGAUACAGAGAUGAACAAAACAGCAGACAAAGCAUGAGUCCCACUUCUGUGCUGUUCAUCCAAAUUAACAGGACUUCAAAGACUUGCUGCUAAGAUGGAGCUGCUGAAGGGACUGCCAUUGCGCCGUACUUUCCUGGCUGUCAUCCUCAACCUGCUGGCUCUCACCCUCUCCACCACAGCCUUGCUGGGCAGCUACUGGUGCACUGGGACCCAGAAAGUACCCAAGCCUUUGUGUGGAAAGAGCAAAGCCUCCCAGUGUGUGGGUGUCCCCAUGCCAUCUGAUGCAGAUGCGAGCAAUGUUUCGUCUGAGGACACAGUGCACUACAGCUGGGAGACUGGGGAUGACCGCUUUGCCUUCAGAUACUUCCACACAGGGAUGUGGCUUUCCUGUGAAGAGAGCAUGGAAGGGCCAGAAGAGAAAUGUCGCAGCUUUAUUGAGCUUUCGCCACCAGCAGAGAGAGGAAUCCUGUGGCUGUCACUGGGAUCAGAGAUGCUGUACAUCAGCUUGCUGCUCAUCAGCUUCAUCCUCCUGAUGGUGGAAAUUCUGCAUACUGGCAAUCCUGUCUGUGGGAUGAAGCUCAAUGCCUUUGCUGCUGUCUCGUCGGUGCUGUCAGGUCUCCUUGGCAUGGUGGCACACAUGAUGUACUCUCAAGUCUUCCAGGCAACAGUUAAUCUGGGACCGGAGGACUGGAGGCCACACACAUGGGACUAUGGCUGGGCGUUCUACAUGGCCUGGGCCUCCUUUACCUGCUGCAUGGCCUCUGCUGUCACCACUCUCAAUACCUACACCAAGACGAUACUGGAGUUCAAAAGGAACCACAUAAAGGGAUACGAUGGGAGCCUCAAGGAUCACCCUCAGCACCACCAGUGCUUCAUACAGCAAAUAAGCAGCUACUAUGAGCCCAAAGGCAAGGUCUUCCAUUCAGUCUCUGAGGGAGUCGACUUCUACACUGAUCUGCAGCAGAAAAUACUACAGCGGGAACCAGAGCUGGACCUGGAUGAAGUCUUGGGCCAGACAAUCGGGGAGGAUCGCUGUUAGGGAUGAGCGUACAGGGACAGAGCAGCGGGGUUUGGGAGGAACUAGAGCUCUGAACCAAGCACUGGAACCACUGUUAGCAGGUUUUAGGGAGUUCUUCCAGUCUCUAAAGGGAGUAAGGAGGCAGGUACAGGGUCAGGGCAACUAGAGUAGAAGUUUGGGGGUCCUUCCUGGUCAUAUACAGUGUGAUGGGUGCCCUCUUCUGACAAGGGUGAAAAUGGAGGAACUGGUGCCAGCUGUCUCCAAGCACUUUCAGAGUUGAGUCAGAUGUCCUAAUCCCAGUAUUGCACUGGGGAACAGAUAGUCAGCACCAUCCAGAUGGCAAACUGCACUGCUGGGUGGUGUCACAUUGACCUUCCUUCAGUACCUCCAGUUCAGUGCUAUGGUGAAGGCCAUCAGUGUUCAUAUUGAUCAGCUGUCACCCUCUCUGAACACCCUGUUUAUUCUUAAUUUCUUCUCC